AAAAAAAAAAGCAGCAAGCUCCACCACCGGUGGACGGUUUCAAGUCGCCCACCCUGCCUGGACUGAAACCCUGCCUGAUUUGUGGGCAAUGUUAGGAAAGGGGAGGGGAGGGGGGGUAGGAGAAGAGAGAGAGAGAGAGAGAGAGAGAGAAAAAAAGGAAAGCCGGAGAGAGAGGCAAAGUAGAGAGAGAGGGGGAGAGACAACACUAACCGGGUAGCUAUGGAGAUAGUAGCUUUCCCUUCUCGCUUUCUUUGACAGGUGUCGAGGAGUGGGAUAAAAUAAAAAAAAGUGUUUGCCGAACAGCUUGCAAGAUGUACGGCAAGGGCAAGGGAGCCGUGGUCCCCUCUGAUAGCCAAGCGAGAGAAAAGUUGGCGUUAUACGUGUACGAGUACCUACUACACGUGGGAGCACAGAAGUCAGCGCAGACCUUCCUGUCCGAGAUACGAUGGGAGAAGAACAUCACAUUAGGGGAGCCUCCUGGAUUUCUCCAUUCGUGGUGGUGCGUAUUCUGGGACUUGUAUUGUGCCGCUCCGGAUCGACGGGAGACGUGCGAGCACUCCAGCGAGGCCAAGGCCUUCCAUGACUACAGCGCGGCUGCAGCGCCCAGCCCAGUGAUGGGCAACAUGCCCCCCAACGACACCAUGCCAGGCGGUCCCAUGCCCCCGGGAUUUUUCCAGGGACCGCCCGGCUCUCAGCAGUCCCCCCACGCACAGCCCCCCACACACAACCCAAGCAACCCCAUGAUGGGACCCCACGGCCAGCCUUUCAUGUCCCCGCGGUACCCAGGCGGACCUCGCCCCACUCUCCGAAUGCCAAAUCAGCCUCCAGGUGGAAUCCCAGGAUCGCAGCCUCUACUGCCAAACAGUUUGGACCCGACACGACCGCAAGGGCAUCCCAACAUGGGCGGUCCCAUGCGGAUGAACCCUCCUCGAGGAAUGGCCAUGGGCCCACAGAAUUACGGGGGCAUGAGACCCCCGCCCAACUCCUUGGGCGGCCCCAUGCCCGGAAUGAACAUGGGUCCGGGAGGACGAGGGCCAUGGCCGGGUCCUAACGCCAACUCGAUAGCCUACUCCUCCUCAUCUCCAGGGAACUAUGUGGGCCCCCCCGGUGGAGGUGGUCCACCCGGAACGCCCAUCAUGCCCAGCCCAGGUGAUUCGACCAACUCUAGUGAAAACAUCUACACCAUGAUGAAUCCCAUCGGACCGGGAGGCAACAGACCCAACUUCCCGAUGGGACCAGGGCCGGACGGGCCGAUGGGCGCGAUGGGAGCCAUGGAGCCGCACCACAUGAACGGAUCACUAGGGUCUGGAGAUAUGGACGGCUUGCCAAAGAGUUCUCCUAACAACAUGGGUGGCAUGAACAACCCUCCCGGAACGCCGAGAGACGACGGCGAAAUGGGCGGCAACUUUUUGAACCCAUUCCAAAGUGAAAGUUAUUCUCCCAACAUGACGAUGAGUGUGUGAUUUUAUUUUUCCUUUUUUUUUUAUUAUUUUGGUUAUUCUUUUCUCCCUUCUUAUUUUGGACCCCUACACUUGUUUUUCUUUUUUUUUCUCCCCCGCCUGCAAUUCUUACCUCACUCUCGGGUCGGGCCUCCCCCUCCUCUUCCUCCUGCACUGCAACCUUCCUCUCGGGUGAACCGCAGCUGGCAUCCACGUCCUCCUCCGGAGCGACCCUGGAGCCCACCAGGACUCUGGUGAAAAAAGCGGGCCCUCUGAGAGCGUGCAAAAUGGCUGCCGGCCCGGGCAGGAAGCCACAGCACGUCAACAGGAAGAGCCUCUUCUCGGACUUGAGACAAUGAGAACGGGGGAACGAGGACAAACAGAGAAAAAGGAGAGUGACAUGCUCGAGGACACUUUGGAAUCUUCACCCAAACUCGGACUUACUAUUAAUAUUAUUGUUAUUAUAAUUUUACAAUGUGUUGUUCCCAACCUCUGUUUGUACAUUUUUAACAGAGGUGUUGUGAUGAUCUUUUUUUUUCCCCCUUUUUUGUGUAUGUAUUGUAUCAUGCUGUAUCAUUUUUAUUAUUGUAUUAUUGUUAAUUAUAUUGCUAUGCUAUUUUUUUGAUUGACUUUGGGAGAGAAGGCCUAAUCAUGUGCACACAUAUGAUGUCAUCUUGCUGCUCCCUGCGGGUAAAAAUGUACCCCUGCAUUACUGGCCUUUUUAAAAUAUAUAUAUAUAUUUUACACAACUUUUUUUUUUCUAGCCAAUUAAUUUGGUUUUCUUAGCCCCAAUUUUUUUCCAUCCUUUUUAUCUCGAAAUGACUGUUUUUCAUCGUACCUUCUAUUUUGAACCUUUUUUUUUUUACCAGUAUUUUUUGUUUACACAGCCUUUUUUCCCCCCCUAAUCUUUAUACCCUAAAUAGUUUUGUUAAUACACCACUUUUUUUACUUAAAUUUCUUUCCUUUUACCAAACUUUUGUCAGCCUCAUGCAUAGUAAUGCACAGCUCUAUUUAUAUACUGUGGACUAUUUUUUUUUCUUAUUCUUUAACGUAUGAGCCUGUAAAAGCCUCUUUCACGCAGAGGUUCCCGCAAAAUGAUCGUAUCAAAACUGUAAAUGAAAAACUGGCAAUUAUUAGCCUUUGCCUUUCAUACAAAACCCCGGAAAGUGGAAUUUUGGCAAUUGUCAUUUUCCAAAAGUAGUUUAAUGCAUUCUCUAUAUUCUAUCCUGUAAAUAUCCUGCAUUCUCCGGGUUCUGUGUGAAAUAUAUGAGCGGAAAAAUGUCAGGUUGCGUUAUGCUCUGAUGUGAGUGUUUUGCAGGGUUUGACUUUUUUCAUAGCUUAGGUUUUUUCUCCACCAUUUUUCUAAAAAGGACGAGGAGGAUGCCGUGUCGAUUUUACGUGAACUCUUCCCCACACAGUUCCGGCAAAUUCCUGCCUGCACUUAACUGGGUUCUGUGUUAAAAGGCAAGGGCCGAUGAAUGCCAGAUUUUUGAUGCUGUGAUCAAGCGGGGUUUUUGUGUGAAAGGUGGCAUGUUUUUUUUUUUUAACAAGUGUCAUUCUCUUCUAGCUGCACCACUCGUAGCAACGGUGUAAAUAUGCAGAUCUAGGCAGCACUGUGUCCUCGACUUCUCAUCUGUGUGAUGUCAUCAGACCGUCACCCGUCCGCCAAGGUACUGAAGCUUUUUUUUUUUUUGUUGUUGUUGGGACGGGGCGGUCCCCACCAAUGUGGCUGUGUUGGGGUUCUUUUUAUUUUUGUCAGUUUGCUGAUGGUUUAGUUUACUGCUGCGUCUUCUGUCCAUUUGUUUUUUGGGUUUUUUACCCCCCUGAGGACAAACUAGUUUAGAUGCCCCCCCCCCCCCCCCCCCACUUUGCACUGGAUGCGGCCCAAAUAGGAGUGGCAUCCACACAAAAUUAUUUUGCCGAUAACUAAUCGGCUACAGAUGAAUUUUGAUGUCAGCUGUCACUUCGCCCCAGAUGGGGUCCAAAUUGGGGCGGUUUUAUUUUUAUUCCUCAUAAUUAGGCAACAAAAAGUACAAUAGAAUUUGGACAACGCUCCCCUCCAGCUUUGCAGGCCUGCCACCCGCCGUCGGAUUUUUAUUAAUGUUGAACUCUCCCAUUUUCUUUUUCUUUGUAAAUACUGUACAAUGCUUUUUUGAUAUCAUUGACAUGUUUUGAUAUUUCAAAUCACAGAAACAUACUGUGUGUGUGUGCGUGAAUGUGUGUGGGCAAACUCGGCAAAUGUUUAUUUAAAAGAAAAAAGUGCAGAACGGAGGUCCGGAUAUUGAAACGUCACGCACAAUUGCAACUGUGAAUCGGACAGGAGAAGGCCAUUUUUCUUGAUACAUAUCCCUUCUUCUGAACUAUGAAGAAUUUUUUUAAAUGAGGAAUUUUCCAAAUACGCUUGUCCAAAAGUGCAGCCUUGCUCUUUUUAUUAUUUCUGUCCACAGCAAUGAACAUUUCUGUAUUUUUAUUGUGCCGUUGUAAAAUACUGUAACAUUUGAAAAGGAUGAAAUUGACGACUGUUUAUGUUCAGUUCCUCAUUUUAUUUUAUUUUAGCAGUAUUGAAUAUGAUGAGGCAUUGUGUUCACAGGAGAGGGGGGGGGGGGCUUUGCUUUGUUUCAUGUUGGGGUAGUUUUCUCAUCCUAAGUGUCUCGUGUAGUUAAAGAGAAAGAAGAAAACAAAAAAUAAAGCUGUUCCAUCUUAUUUGUAUGUUUUUGUAAAUUUUCUUUAGAUGGACACAAAAAAAUGAUCAAAGGUGAACAGGCUACUUUGAUAAGUGUAUUUUGGUUUGUUUUUAUUUUCAGUUGUCAGUCAUUUUUGCGUGUGUCCCCCCCCUUGUUGUAGAUACAUAUUAAAAAUAAAUAAAAUGACUUCACUCCUUUUGCCAUGAA